CAAACAUGGGGGAGCAGGCAGUUUUUGUGCUCUUAUUCGCUUGGUUUUGCAUAUCAGUUGCAUAUCCAGUAAAACGAUCAAGUGAUGGCUCACACGUUAGGAAAGGAACCAACACAGAAUCUGUGGGAAAAGGAAGUAUUGGUCGAAUGGGCUUGCCAGAAAAUAAGAUACUUACACCGGGAAAGAAUUCUUUAAAGAUAAAACUAUUAGAAACAUCACAUCUUGCAGGGUCUAAUCCUGUCGAGGGGAUGGUCAUGCCAUCUCAAAAUGAUUUAGGGUUAGAUAACUCUUUCUCACAAUCUACACAAAUUAGUGAACCGAGAGCCACAAUAAAUAACAAAAGAAGACACGACUUUGAUGAUUGGGAUUCUUGGGAAAGUUCUGAUGAGCAUAGUCAUAAUCGAGAAAAUGAAAUUCGUAGAGAUCAUUCCGACUGGGACAGUUGGGAAUGGGAUUCUGAUGAAUUUCAGACUAAAGAAAAAUCAGAAAAAAAUUAUGAUAUGCGUGGUAGUUGGACUGAUAGAGAUGAUUGGAUUGAUUGGGAUUCAGAUAUAUCAUCAGAGGAAAAAGAUAACCGGGGGAAACUCAAAAUUAGAAAGCUAUGGUCAAAUAAAGGGAAGAAAGGAGCAGUCGAUGAUUGGUCUGACGACUGGGAUUCAGAUAGAUCUUCAGAGGAAAUAGAUUAUCGGAGAAAACUCAAAAUCAGAAAAAUAUGGUCAAAUAACGGGAAGAAAGGAGCAGUCGAUGAUUGGGAUGACUGGGAUUCAGAUAUAUCUUCAGAGGAAAUAGAUUAUCGGAGGAAACUGCAAACAAGAAAAAUAUGGUCAAAUACCGUGAAGAAAGGAACAGCCGAUGAUUGGGAUGACGACUGGGAUUCGGAUAGAUCUUCAGAGGAAAUAGAUUAUCAGAGGAAACUCAAAAUCAGACCAAUAUUGUCAAAUAACGGGAAAAAAGGAACAUUCCAUGAUCAGGAUGACUGGGAUUCAGAAUUUUCUGAUGAAGAGAGGGAUAGUUCAUAUAACCAUCGGAUCUCAAGGACAAACAAUGGACUAAAAAGAAAUAUUAAUUAUCAAAGUGAUAGUAGUGAUUGGUUUGAUGAUUGGUCAGACGAAAGGUUCGAACACAGCAAUGGUAACAUUCGAAAGCCAAAUAUCAGAUUUUUCACUUCCAAGAAAGGAUACAGUGAUGACGUUUUUGGUGAUUGGACAAGCGAACAAAAUGAAAGGACAUAUAGGAAAGUAGGCAGAUAUAAUAAAAGUACAUUCAAUGACGAUAACUGGUCUGAUAGGUCAGAUGAUAAUGACAAAGAUAACUUAUAUAUCGAAAGUGAUGAAAAUGAUCUAUGGGAUAACAUCAGGGACGAUCAUAAUGAAAUAAGAAGUAAAAACAAUCGACUUCAUGACAUAAGAGAUAAGAUUUCGGAACGUGUGAAAAACGCUUUAUCAUCAGACCUGGAUGAUAUAAACUUUAAUAGUAUGCCAAUGAUGAGUAAAACCAUGUUACCAAAAGGGAUUAAGUUCCUUGGAAGUGACAAUGGAGACACAUAGAAUGUUUUACAAUAGAUUAUUGGUUCAAAAAUCCGAUUUAAAAGUCUGAGUUUAACACCCAUAAUUGUUACAGGAUGUCUGGUGUAGAAAAAUGAAAGUAGUAUCGUGGUUUCAAUAGAAAUGAAUGUGCUCUGUUCCUUUGUCACAAAUUGAAUAGACUUUUGUUUAUACGAUUUCUACUAAGUUUUAUAGUCAGUUCAUACAAGUAUUGAUAUCAAAUUUGUUUACUUUUUGGUAAUAAAAAAAAACGAAUCUCA